AUGAUGUGGGCUUGGCGAAGUGUACGAGCAUUGCAUACGUCUCUUCGACGAACUAAAGGCACAAAAGCACUACUUCCCACAGGUUGGGAAGCCGUGAUUGGCAUUGAAUGUCAUGCGCAGCUACUUGCACCCACGAAGCUCUUCAGUCACUUGCCCGCAGGAUACCAAAUCACCCAGAAGCGAAAGCCAUUUGCACAUUCAGGUACGGUGUCAAUCCGGUUCGAGGACGGCUAUUUGUCAACGCCGAACGAUGCAGUCGAUGUCCCGAUCCUUCAGCUCCAGCUCGAGCAAGACACUGGCAAAUCGAUGUACGCAGCUACAGAUGCAGAUUCCCACGUUAGUCUAAUUGACUACAAUCGCGCUGGCGUUGCGCUUGUUGAAAUCGUUAGCGCUCCAGUGCUUCGCACGCCUGAACAAGCUGGGGCUUAUGUCCGCAAACUUCGGCAACUCUUGCGUCAUGUUGGUGCAUCCGAUGGGAAUAUGAAUGAAGGGUCACUGCGAUGUGAUGUGAAUGUGUCGAUCCACCGCAUCAACGAGCCGUUUGGCACGCGCUGUGAAAUUAAGAAUCUGAACAGUGUCAAGUUUAUGAUGCACGCCAUUGACUAUGAGAUUCGCCGCCAGUUCCGUGAGCUGUCCCAAGGCCGCAUUAUCGAACCAUCGACGCUUGGGUUCAACGAGGCUACCGGAGAAACCUAUGUGCAACGACAAAAGGAGGAAAUGCUCGAUUAUCGAUUUAUGCCUGAACCCAAUGUGGCUCCGCUGGAAAUCUCACCCGAACGCAUUGAAGCACUCAAUUCAAGCUUGCCUGAAAUGCCAGACGCUCGACACGCACGCUUGCGAGAGCAGUACGGGCUCUCUAUUCGCGAUGUGAAUGUGCUCACGCGCCUGAAUGCCGAAGACGAUGCGUCAGAGAUCGCCGUACUUGGACCCGAGCAUGCGGGGCGAACGUCGCAUCCGAACGCAGUCGACUACUUUGAAGCAUUAGUACAUUUUGGAUGCGAGCCCCAAGUGGCGGCGAACUGGACCAUUCAUCUUCUGCCAAAGUAUCUUGGACAAGCCCAGUUGACUUUUUCCUUGAAUCCUGUCGGCCCUGCCGCGCUCGCUGAGCUGCUUCACAUACUCGAAGAACAAGUCAUUACGCAAUCCACAGCACAGUCGUUGCUGCGAGAGUUUGUGCUGAAUCAAAGUAUCCCGCAGCGUGACGGUUACUUGUGUAUUCGGGAAGUGAUCAAAGAACGUGGCCUGCUUCGCAUGCAGGAUACAGAGCUUUUGCCGCUGUGCAAGGAAAUCGUACAGGCGUGUCCAGAAGAGGUCGAGGCAAUUCGCCGGGGAAAGAAUAAAGUAAUCAUGCGCUUAGUUGGUGAAACACUUCGCCGCGCGAAAGGGAGGGCCGAUCCUGAACAUGUACAACGUCUGCUCACAGAAUUGACAUCCGUAGAAACCGCAUCGACCCAGUAA